CUCCCAGAGUGUUGAGUGGCCCGGGGCUGGUGCUGGGCUCCCCGCGGAAAGAAGCGGCUUCCUACCUUCAGCGGACAGCGGCCGCGGCCUGGUUCCAACGUGGACAGCUUGGCGCCCGCGCCCCAGCUGUUCUUCCUGUCACUGGACGUGGCGGGCCGGCCCUCGGGCGGCCGGGAUCGGCCGUCGCCAUUCCCGUGUCGCUGCGCCCGCGGGGGCCGCCCGAGCCGGCCACGAUGCCCCUGGGCCUGAAGCCCACCUGCAGCGUCUGCAAGACCACGUCGUCCUCUAUGUGGAAGAAGAGCUCGCAGGGGGAGAUCCUCUGCCACCACUGCACGGGCAGGGGCGGUGCGGGCGGCGGGGGCGCCGGCGCGGGGGCCGCCGGCGGGACAGGGGGCGGCAGCGGCGGCGGCGGCGGCGGCGGCAGCACCGGCUUCAGUGCGGCGACCCUCGCCAGCACCUCGGCCACCCCUUCGCAGAGCAACGGGGGAGGGGGCGGCAAACAGAGUAAGCAGGAAAUCCACAGGAGGUCGGCUCGGCUCAGAAAUACUAAGUACAAAUCUGCUCCAGCUGCUGAGAAGAAAGUUUCCACGAAAGGAAAAGGGAGACGACAUAUUUUUAAAUUAAAAAAUCCCAUCAAAGCUCCUGAGUCCGUUUCUACCAUCAUCACUGCAGAAUCAAUCUUCUACAAGGGAGUAUAUUACCAAAUUGGAGAUGUUGUUUCUGUGAUUGAUGAGCAAGAUGGAAAACCCUACUAUGCUCAGAUCAGGGGUUUCAUCCAGGACCAGUACUGUGAGAAGAGUGCAGCACUGACGUGGCUCAUUCCCACUCUUUCCAGUCCCAGGGACCAAUUUGAUCCUGCAUCCUACAUCAUAGGGCCAGAGGAGGAUCUUCCAAGGAAGAUGGAAUACUUGGAAUUUGUUUGUCAUGCACCCUCUGAAUAUUUCAAGUCACGUUCAUCACCAUUUCCCACAGUUCCCACCAGACCAGAGAAGGGCUAUAUAUGGACUCAUGUUGGACCUACUCCUGCCAUAACUAUUAAGGAAACAGUUACCAAUCAUUUGUAGUUUAAAAAGUAAAACUGGAUUUCCAGUUAUCAUCUAUUUAUAUUACUAUAAGAUAUGCCAUGUGUUUGUUUAAUGAAAUUCAUAGAUGGAAAAAUGACUAAAAAGUUUUCCCCUGCUACCCAGGAAUCAUUAGCUUAUUUAUUACUAGUCACUUGGAAAGCUAAAAAGGACAGAAAAGAAUUAAUUAUAUUUUGAACUUAAAUAUUACAUUCUGUAUGUGUAUCUUCCCAGGGAAACCCUUAGGAACAUAGUGUCUAUUUUUAUCCAUAAUUUAUUUCUAGAAACCCAUAAAAUGGAUUGGUUUUUUUCUAUAAGAACAAAAUAUGAAUUAAGGUUUGGAUUUCUGAUCAAGGACCGAACCAAAUAAUACAUAGCUAUGACCAACAGUAGCUAUCCCAAAGUUACACAAACUUUAUUUUCUCAUCUAGAAAAUGCUAUGGCAGGCUGUUGGCUGCUUUAACCUGAAGGAAAGUGAUUGGUGGAUAAUUGUAUUAGCCCAGGACUUUCCUUUUAAAACUUUCAUCUGAUUCUUCUGUAGCAAACAGGGAUUCAGAAUCUUUUUGUUGAUCUUAAUGUUCUCACUUACCCUCUCAGUCAGAAUGAGGCUUUCAGUCUAACUGUAAAAUUUUAUAGUGCAGACAGUUAACUUCACUAAGAGCAUACAGGAAACAUGUAAAAUUCAGGCAUCUCACUUGGUCGUUUUUGGACUACCAUUAGAACAACCAUUGGAUGGUCAUAAAAAUGAAUAGGUCAGGUAUAAUUGAAAAAUAAAUUAAUUUUUUUUGUAAUUAAAAAUAAAGGUUUAAUAGUUCAUUAGCGUUGAUAGCUUAAGAAAAGACUACCCUAAAGUUAAGCCACCUGCUAUGAACUCAUAAUAAUAGGCUUAAAAUAAUGCCUUGGACUUAGAAGGCCUGUCAUAUAUGAAAUUUCCCAGAAUUCAAGUUCAGGUCAGUCAAGGUAGGGAGCAACAGUAUGAGAUGGGAAGAGGUGGAGAUUGUCCACACUUGCCUCCUCUUCUGGCUUAACCAGCAUUUUUUUAACCCAGGAGAAUUUGUCAGAAUCUAAUUUAAUCAUAAUGAUUUUAGGCUGUAGCCCCUUUAACUAACUGUUACCCUUUUCUGCACAGUUACGGUUUGUGAGCUGGAAGGGAACAGCUGUAGAUAGCUCUGUGUCUAUGGUCAGCUCUUUGUAUAGUUAUCUUUCUGUUCACAAAAAAAAUAGUAAAAUUGUAAAUACCAUUGUAAAUAACUAAAUGCUAAUAAUCAAUGUAUUUUAAAUGUAUUAAAAUGUAUU